GCCGCCUCCUCCUUCUUCCACCUUCCUCACGACCUCUUGCAAAUCUUGGUCGGUAGCUAUGAGGAUCCUGCUACGCUACCAGUAGUUAGUCAUCUAUUAACCCCGUCGACCCCUGGUGCUGCAUAGGUGUUGUAAGUCGAUGUCAACGCCAUGCUACCUGCUUGGACGAGGUUUUUCCAGCCGUCGAGGAGGGACGACAGUCUCUCCAGUCCCUCCUCGCUAUAUGACGAGAAACGUGGAGAACUGGAGGUUCAUGUGACGGAAUCCAGUCCUCCACCCCAAGCGACUGGAGCUGUCAAAAUCGAAGCUGUCGAGGCUGUUGGUGGCCGCAAGGGAAGAUAUCUCCUCUAUAUCGGCCUGGCCAUGGUUAUGAUUAUCUUUGAACUCGACAAUUCAACGGUAGGGACGUAUCGCAACUUUGCUACAUCCGACUUCAAGCAUCUCUCGGUACUGGCCACGCUGAACACGGCGGCCAGCAUCAUUACUGCAGUAAGCAAACCGCCCAUCGCCAAAGUGUCGGACGUCCUGGGCCGGGCCGAGGCAUACAUCUUCACCAUCACGUGCUAUAUCCUGUCAUACAUCCUCUGUGCAUCGUCCGGAACCUUCAACACCUAUGCGGGAGGCUACGUCUUCUAUUCCGUCGGCCAGGCCGGCACGGCCAUCCUCAACUCCACGGUCGUGUCGGAUAUCUCUUCCAUGCGCUGGCGAGGCUUUGUCUACAACAUCUUGUACAUCCCCUUUUUAAUCACGCCGUGGGUGUCCGCCUUCAUUGUCGACAGCGUCGUGAAUGGGAUCGGCUGGCGCUGGGGGAUCGGCAUGUUCGCCAUCUUGAUGCCCUUCUGCACCAGCUUCAUCAUCGUCACCCUCCUCGUUUUCGAACGACGGGCCAAACGAUCCGGCCUCAUCCUGACGGAGCGGCUCAAUCUCUUCACGUUCUGUUCGCGGAUCGACCUGGGCGGCAUUAUGCUUCUGAGCGGCGGGUUUGCCUUGAUCUUGAUCCCGGUCACGCUGGCCGCCACGGCAUCCGACUGCUGGAAGACCCCGUGGGUCGAUGCCUUGAUUGCCCUCGGUGCCAUCGCGCUCAUCUGUCUCUAUCCGUACGAAAAGUACGUCGCACGGCACCCGGUGGUCCCUACCCGUUACUUCCGCACCAUGUCCGUCGUGGUCUCCGUGGCCUUGGCGUGCAUCGACAACAUCGGAUUCGGGACCACGCAGACCUACCUGUACGUGUGGUCGAUGGUGUCUCAUAACUUCUCCCCGCGGGAUGCGCAGUUCCUCAACUACACCAACAGCGUCAUGCAGGCCUUGGUGGGCAUGGGCACCGGCCUGCUCAUGUAUCGACUCCGGUCGUACAAGUGGAUCGGGGUGGCUGGCGCCGCGAUCCGGAUGGUCGGAUACGGGGUGAUGGUCCGCCUGCGAACAAACGAGAGCUCCGUGGCGGAACUGUUUAUCGUCCAGCUGAUCCAGGGCGCCGGCAGCGGCAUGAUUGAAACCAUUGUCAUUGUGGCGGCGCAGAUCUCCGUGUCCCAUGCGGAAUUAGCGCAGGUCACCUCCCUAAUUCUGCUCGGAUCGUUCUUGGGUAAUGGGAUCGGCUCUGCGAUCGCCGGCGCGAUUUACUCCAAUAAGUUGCGUGAGCGGCUGCACCUGCAUUUAGGUCACAGUGUGGAUGAGGAUAUCGUCGUCCAGCUAUACAACUCCAUCACCGGUACGCUGCCGACGUGGGGGACGUCGGAGCGUAAUGCGGUGAAUCAAGCUUAUUCAGAUGUCAUGGGAUACAUCACCAUCGCCGCCCUGGCGUUUUCCGCUCCCGUUGUAAUCCUGUCGCUGCUGCUGCCGAACAAGAGACUCGGCGACGGCCACAAUCUCGUCCAAGAGAGCCAAAGCCAAGAUUCACGAUCAUCCGACGAAACCCUAGUGGAGGAAAAGCCCUCCGCCCGAUGAUUUCUCACGAUCUUGACCGUUCAUGUUGAUGUUCAUGUUGUUGUUGUUGAUGUUGAUGUUUGAUUGCUGACGACUAUACAUUAAUAAUACGUG